GUGUCUUUAGUCAAUGGGACUGCAAAGGCUCCCUUUCUGGGAGGAGGGAAUCCGUUUGCCACAGUCAAGCUGAGACCAACCGUCACGAAUGACAGAUCAGCGCCGGUCGUCUGACACCCAGCAGGAGGAUUAUCACAGGAGUCAUGCCUCCAUGGGGGUCAAAAACAAGGGGACCCCUGUGACACACCAGAUAUCACCCCAACCUGACGUCUCACCGGCCUGCAUGCUAGUCUCUCUCAGUACCAGUGUGCUCUAUUAUCUGGAUCCGUUGUUUCAUUGAACAAGUGUAUUUAACAUGUAUCCCAACAGGGAAAUAUUUCUCAAUCAACAGAUGAAACACAAGAACUCUGAACGUCUUUUGUUGUACAAAAACAAACAUUUUGUUUUUAAAGUAAAUGUCUGAGAACAAUCCAUCCCAAAAUUAACAUUCAGAAUUUGUCUAGUUGCCUAAAAUAGUUCAGAAUAAAAGCAGUGGAGUGCUGCUAGUGCAAAGCAAAAGAAGAAGGAAAUGUCUGGUUUACAUUUCAUGUCACUUUAAACAGCUCUGAGAUAAUAAAAAAAGCAGGCUUAUAACACUGAAAAUAAGUCUUGUUUACUGUAUAGAAGUAUCAUGCAAAAGCAGCCAAUCAGCAUGCAGCAUGUGAAUGAGCUGGCCCUGUCACUAUACCACAGAAACUCCUGCAGUAUAAGGAGAGGGAGCCAGUAAACGUUACCAUAUUAAAUGGCUAAUGCUGAAACAUGCUCACCAUAUAUAACUAGUAUUAGCUUAUGGUUUGAUUUCAUGAAAACCUAAAGGAUUAUAACUCUAAACAUCAGGAAAUAACACAAACUAGUAAACAUGCUAAUUGAAAGUGGAAGUGUAAAAAAACAAACCCAGAUUCUUCCAGUCCUUUCAUCCUAACAGUAGGUUAAAAAAAUCUCAAAACUUUUUUGACAAACAUUACCUUAAACCUAAACGGGCUUAAAAGCAAAUGAAUUAGAAUGAACAAGGAUUUGUUUUAGUAAAUGUUAGCAUGAACUGUUGAUGCAGUUAUAAACUGCAUUUAGCAUUAUAACACACAGCUUAAAUAUAGGUAUGAAGGCUUGUUGCAGUGGUUCCCAACCUCUGGUAAACCCCAAUUUAUACAGACCACAUACAGCUUUUGGCUAAAAUUCAUUUGUUUUUAAUCAUGUAUUAUAAAAAAAUGUUUUACUAUGUUUCAAGUAAACAUUGAUUUUAGACCACAUUCAGGCUUUUCAUGUAUAUUAUUGUGAACAGAGGAAGAAUCUGCAAGUUUCUUGUUUUGGCUUUGGCUAUAAUGGCCCACAGUAGCCUAUGUUCACUAUAUUUAAUAUACAAUAUAUUUUUUAUUCAUCAAUAAAUACAAAUUUCAUGGGACCCCAUUUGAAUGCUAUUCGUUCGGGACCCGGAGGUUGGGACAGCCUGACUUAUUAUGUUCUGUGUUCAGAGCUUUUAUUCCCAUGCUUAACGAGAUAAAACCAGAGUCUUCAUUUUGGGGUGGACUGUCCCUUUAAGAGGGUUUGUUUUCCUGCAGUCCGCAGUGUUUGAAUACAGAUAAAAGAGACGCUAAAGAAAGUGAAGAAAAGCUGAUGCUGAUGAAAAAGACACAGGCUGUUUUCCUGACUUGCCAACAAAAAAAAACAUCUGAUAUGUUAUUAUUUCUAUUUUUAUUGACUAUGUUUGUGUUUCUUUUUUAAAAAAAGGAAUUGUGAUAUAAAAGGUUGUGAGAAUGAAGGGAGAGUGAUGUGUUGGGGGAGAAAAAAAAGGUUUGUCAUUUGAGUGAAGGCAAAACAGUACGUCACGAUUUCAAAUGAGAAGGCUAUUUAUAUUUAGUCAAUUUGUUUAAGAUAUUUAAAUAAGAUUUGUAUACAGGAGUCAAUUCUGUGUAGUGUCCCUCGAAAUAAGACAGACAUUGUUGUCACCAUCACUCGUUGUUUCUGAUUUGACGGCUGAUAUGUAUUUCAAAUGAGAAGAAUGACCUUUCGAUGAAAGGAAUAUUUGUCGCUCCUCAUGGCUUUACUGUUAAAUGUAGAUUCUGUGAGCAUUGUGCAGUUUAUGCAAAUAAAAAAUGUACCUUACUGGUAGCCAUUUGCAGCAUAUAAAGAAAAAAAGAAAGUGGGUCACUGUUUGAAAUCUGAUCAAGUAUUAAGUGUUCUGUGAGGAAAAGGACUUUUUCUUUGCCUGUGUUUCCUUUACAGAAUAUAAAUGUAUGAAGAGAAACUGAUUGAGCUGUUUUUUUUUACCCUCACAGACUCACUGAUGUAAAGUGUGUAAGUGAACCCAACAUACAAAUAUAAUUAAUCUGCCUUCUACAGAGUAUCCUGCCACUGUGUUGACCAGUGUAGUCUUUUUUUCUGAAUAAAACAAGGUUAAGUCAAAGUUG